CCAUGUUUGAUUUUAUACAUCGAUGGAUGGUACCAUGGAUGAAAGAAUAGCGUCACCGCCUUUCUCUUUGUUCCUCUCGUCUCUACUCUGACUUCAUCAUAUACAUCCCUUCUAAAUCUCGACAUAAUGGCCUCGGCAACAGGAAUUCCUCAAGAGCAUCCAGUGACGAUUGAAUCGCGAGAUGAUGAACCCUUAUUGGGUCGUCCAGGAGAUGUCACACAAAAGCAAAACGAAAGUAUCGUUCGGAACUUAUUCACAGGAACGGCAAGUGUUGCUCAAGCUGGCAUCUGGAUUCUAGCAGCUUUGGUCUGGCAAGGGGUUCUUUCUGAACCUCUUUCUUUCUUCACUCCACAUCCACUCCUCAACAGCUCCGCACUUCUCCUCCAAGUCCAGGCAGCGCUGAUCUUACAACCAACCGCCACCCCGCAACAGAAGCUCACAGGCACCCGUAUCCACUACACAAUCCAACUACUCAGUGUGGUACUUUUUGUCUCAGCGUUCGUCAUUAUCGAGAUCAACAAGGUACUGCAAGCUCUCAGUGGAGUCGCCCAGUUUCUCUUCCCUACUAUCAUUUUUGGCAGCGUCGAAGCCGGAAAGCGCAUCUACAAAUAUCAUCGCCGGGCCGGCUAUGUUUUGCUACUGCUGGAGAUGGCGACUGUCGUGGCAGCGACGCAGACAACCUACAACAAAGCGGCACUGCAUAUCCCGCUAUGGGGCGUCCUUGUGUCUGCUUUCCUGAUUCUUUCUGGAGUGAGUGCGAGAAUCAAGAAGCUCGAAUAUAGUUGCGGUAUACUUCUGCCGAUCCCCCAAAAGGGUUUAGGCGGGAGCUCCACUCGGCCUUGCAACUCGGCUUCGUUUCUUUUCUCUCAACCUCAAUCCAUGGCGCUCACUUCCUCAUACAUCUGCUUCAAUUGCAGGCUUACAUCCAGACAUGGAAUAGUCCGAACACCUUUGCGCAACUUUUCUGCCGGCCGGCGCUAUCGGGACGUGUUGCGACCCGCGACAGCUCCGAAACCCACACCGGACGUCAAGCACAUCCGCCAAAACGCGGACCUCUACGCAUCAAACUGCAUAGACCGUAACUAUGCAGCUCACGCCGAUUACCCUUCGAAAAUCCAACAAUUGUCCGAGGAAGCCAGACAACUCGACCACGACCUGAAAGACCCCCGGUCCCGCAUCAAGCAAUUAGAAAAGACGAUUGCCCAGCUACAUAUUGCGGCCAGGCAAAAUACAGACGGCCAAAAUGGAAAUAAAAGUGAAAAGAAUGUUAGCGAGGAAAUUGCCGAACUCAAAUCGGAGGCCCAGCGAUUGAAAGACGACUCGCAGGCCAUGACCGAGCGCAAAGCAACAUGCACAGAAGAGAUCAACCGACUCGCCCUCGCCCUCCCGAACCUCUCCUCCUCAUUCACGCCCAUCGGACACGAUCCUAGUCUUGUAAAUUACAUCAACUUCGACCCCCAUGAGCUCCCAUCAUGGACAAAACAGUCACCAGCAGAGCUCCAGGCACGGUCACACGUCACAAUCGGAACAGAGCUGAAUCUCCUAGACUUCGCGAGCUCUGCCACAACAACAGGAUGGGGCUGGUACUUCCUCAUCAACGAGGGUGCCAUGUUGGAACAAGCACUGGUCCAAUAUGCCCUGCAAGUCGCCAGACGCCGGGGCUGGAAAGCUGUCGCGCCGCCAUCAAUCGUCUAUUCCUACAUCGCCGAGGCAUGCGGGUUCCAGCCGCGCGACCAACACGACGAGCAACAGAUCUGGUCUAUCGCGCAAAACGAGCGCGAUCGCAAUAGUAAACCCCAGCGCUCGCUCACCGGAACAGCCGAGAUUCCCCUCGCUGCCAUGUACGCCGGCCGGGACAUCAACGCCGCCGAACUACCCAUCAAGCUAGUUGGUGCUAGCCGCUGCUACCGCGCCGAGGCAGGCUCCCGCGGCGUCGACACAAAGGGUCUCUACCGCGUCCACGAGUUCACAAAGGUCGAACUGUUCGGCUGGACGGAUAGUCUCAGCUCUGCAGAGGCAGCCACGACAGUCCCUACGUCCGACGACCUCUUCAACGAGCUACUAGAUAUGCAGACAGAGAUCCUAACCUCACUUCAUCUCCCCUGCCGAGUCCUUGAAAUGCCCACCGGCGAUCUAGGCGCCAGCGCAACCCGCAAGCGUGACAUUGAAGCUCUGUUCCCCUCUCGUCUCCGCCCUGCGGUGUCUAGUGGUACCCCCAAUGACCCGGAGGUCCAUGAUCUGGAAUCGGCCUGGGGCGAGGUUACCUCCGCUUCUAUCUGUACAGACUACCAGAGUCGCCGGUUGGCGGCACGUGUGCGUGGUGGUGCGGCUAAGGAGUCGCGGUUCCCGCAUACCGUGAAUGGCACUGCUAUGGCGGUUCCACGUGUGCUUGCUGCUAUCCUGGAGAAUGGAUGGGAUGCCGAGCGUGGUGUUGUUGUUGUUCCUGAGGUCUUGCGUCCCUGGAUGGAUGGUAUGGAGAGUAUUGGCAGACGUUAG